UUUCUGUCAAAUUAAUAGUAAGGUGCGGUAUGCGCGAAGCUCUCGCCUUUUUUAUUUAGAUCAAUGUUAAUUAUUGACGGGCAAUAAUGUUAUUGUUGAUCGGACGCUAUCAAAACAUCGUUAUCGGCAAGGUUAAUAGAUAUAAUAUUGAUGCAACGGAGUAAAGACGUUGGCUACUUAGCUAACUGCGGUGUAAUGUUGAAAUAAACAGAUUAUUUUCCUUUGAGUUUCGGCGAUGUUCCUUGUGUUAAUAUUUCAGUGUUGUGUUUGUACAAUAAGCUGAAUGCGCCGUACUUUCUCGUACUAUUUUGUGUUUUUUUUGUGAUAAGACAAGAUGGGUUCGACUGGACUAACGCUGGCCGAUUUGCCUAAUAUUUUUAUUAUGAUAGGCGCUCUCAUUUCGCUAUUCGUAAUGCUAGUCAUACUGCUUAGGAACAUGGAGGUGAUAGGCAUUGUUGGCGAAGGUCGGGAAGAGACGUGGCCUCGCUCGAUGCAGCCCCCACGACUUCUCAUGCAGAGGGUCCACAUACCUUUCACAUUCAAGGUCAUGGAGAACGAGCCUAUUGGAUACAGUGGUGUAAACUGCUGUGUGUCGUCAACAGUCCGUUAUUGGCACGCCUGUUGGUGGGGAGCACCCGUUCGGGAUCUUCACCAGACCCUUUGGGGGACCCUGCCGGAGAUACUCGCUUCUAAUCACUUGAAUUUUACAAGAAGUAACCCCCAUGACGAGAGGGUUCUUAAGCUGUCAUCUGAAGAGGCACUUCAGCUAGGCCCGCCGCCUAGAAGCUGCUACCCUCUGGUGGUCAUUCUGGCACGAGAUCAGAGAGACACCGCGGAGCUGAGGCCUGAUGAUACGGUGGCCCUUGUAAGUAUAGUUCACAUAAAGGACGAGCAGUGCCCUCUACCGAGUGGAGUCAUCGCGCAGUAUUUGAAACAGGCCAAUGGACACUUAUCGUGCUUAAAGCAAUUGUAUGUAUCCGGUGAGAUGGCAGACGUGGACGAGGGGUAUCGGGCCAAGGGCGAAGCCUUGUGUUGCGUGUGCGCAGCCGCCCCAUUAUCUCGCGCACUGCUGCCAUGCCGACAUGCCUGCUUAUGUGCGGGAUGUUUACCGAAGCUAGAUAAAUGUCCAAUCUGUCGCAGCAUGAUCACGAGUUACUUUUGCAUCAGAAAUGAGGAGGAACCGCGGUCAGACAAACAACAGUAUCCAAUAAAUAGGCGACUUCUCAAUCUAUUUCAUUAUCACUAGCCCUAUACGAUAUGUGAGCAUAGAUAAUAAAAAAAGGUCAUGGCUCGAAACAGAUAUUUGACCUAAUUGACGUAUGUGGUAGAUCCACCAAUAUGAUUAUUGUAUUUUUUUAAUGUAUACAUUCUGAUUACUAUAAAAGUUUGAGAUAAAAAGAAAAUCAUUGAAAAUGUCAUGUGUCAAAAGAGCUAGAGAUGGUAACACUGCGAUGCGCUAAUCACUUUCCAAAAUUAAAUGGCCGAUUAUAUGUGCAUAUGUUUUGGAAAUUUACUUUUUCAGUAAAAUUCUCAUCGGGACGUGUAAGUAAAUCCUAUAAUAUUAAGUCACAAACUGUCAUUCAGAAAGUGUCAAUUGUCAUCUGUCAACGUGACAUUUGAUCGUUCAUUUUAUUAUUUUUACUUGAUUUCUCGUUAAGCAUUUACUUAAACGUAAUUCGAUGAUAUUACAUACACAAUGCGUCAUUGAGAAUUUUCGCUUUAUUAUCCAUCUCUGAAAAUUUGUAAAAUGUGUAUAAAGCCUAAUAUUAUCUCGAUACAAGAUUAUAUGUUAAGGUCUCCUAAACGACUCGUUAGUUUAACUGUGAGUGAAAAAUCCGUAUUUUACGAAUGAAUUUAACGUCAGCCACAUUGCGUAGACAGAUUAUAUUUUUUUUAGUAUGCGUUUAUGAAACUAAUUAUAGCGCCAUCUACCGUGAUAAUUUUUUUAAAUUUUCUUUCAUUUAUAAUUGUCUAAAUUUAUUGUGAUGUAGUAUAGAUAUUCAAAAGACAAUGUUUGCUUGUGAUAUUUUGCGUGAAUUUAUUUGUACAAAUGUUUAUUUAUUAGAUUUUUAACUCUUAAUACUUUUUGGUAGCUCCAAACUUCUAGGUCACUGUGAAGCUGUUUUAAGUUCUUUUUGGGGCAUGGGUCAGAUAUUUUAUGCCUUUUGUGCCUCCAAACUUCCACCCGUAAAUGGUACAAUUUUGAAAACGGUAAAUUUUCACGACGUCUAAGUUUGGCGAUACUUUGUGUUCAAUGUCUCAACACACAAAAAUAUUUGUUUACGUGUUGUCAAAAGCAAUUUUGAAAAUUAAUUUAUUAACUAUUUUGUGUAUUAAGACAUUUUAAUUUGUUUCCUAUUUUCUCCUAAAAUAAGAGUGGGUGCAAAGAAUGAAACUGUGAUAAAAUAAUUGCUUUGUGAAUUUGCUUUGUAUGUGUACAUAUAACAUAAAUUAUUAACGUAAGUCGCUUACUAAUAUAAUAUAGACCACUGCUCAUAUAACUUUAGACUUGCUUAGGGGUGUUCUGCCACCACUGGCGUCUUAAAACUGACAUUAUUUUGAGUUCUGUUCCGUAUAGUCGACAUUACAAAUUAAAAAUAAAUUCAUUUAUGGGAACAUGUGAACGAAGCCACGGGCGUUAGCUAGUAAUUAUUUAAACAAAUGCUAUUUAUGUCAGAAACCUAAGGCGCCUUUGGUGUGUUAAAAGCAGCCAAUACUUUCACAAUUUCUCAUAAUUUUUUGACACUACCCUCUUAAUACACUAAUUUAACAGAUCUGUCUUUUUGUCAUAGAUUAAAAAAAAGGCAAAUAUUAUUUAGUUAACUGUGUAAUAGUUUUUAAUAAGAGGGUAGUAAUAAAUUGUCAUUUCCGUGACUUCUUGAUUGUAAUAAAAUGUAAAUGAAGUCUUCCAAUAAACAAAAUCACUAAGUCUCACUAAUCAGCAAUAAUUCCCUAAAUACACCAAAUUGUAAAACAAAUUGUUUCAACUCAUACAUUGCAAUUCAUCAAUUAGUAUAGAAAGCCUAGCAGAGGCUCAUAAGUCAACAAAUGUAGAUGGUAUAUUUUCAAAAUGUGUAAAUAAAUAAGAUUGCCAAAGUUA